AUGCACUUCUUGCAGCACAGAUUUCCAUAUUCUAUUGUAGCGUUUGAUGAGAUUGUAGAGGUAGAGAAUUAUAUUGAAGAGAUGUUGAAGGUCAUCGUGCCCGACAUGUUUAUUUUCGCCCGUCUGGCUGGUGAAAAUGGAGACUUUGAUUCGAGAUUUUGUUUUUGUCCAGAGUUCGCCGUGCGCGUCAACAGGAUGGAGACCUGAUGGCGGGGCUUUGCAAGCCUUGUAGCGGCGCUCGGAAGGGGCGUGGCGGGCAUGGUGCCGAAGGUGCGGAGGCCACUAUUAUGAAAGAGGGCGCCAU